GCGCAUGCGCUCUUACCGCUUCAGACGUGCGGCCGUUGGCGCGUGCUGUUGCCGCGCAGGGCCGUUGUGCUGCUGUGUGCGGGUUCGUGUCUGUGCUGUAGGUUGGACUCUCCUGCUUUCCCCCAUCGGAGAGGAAUGAGCGGGCACGCAGAGGUUAAAGUGAAAAUACCUUUUGGAAACAAACAACUUGAUGCUAUCUUUAAUGUCCCAGAGAAGAAAUUAAGAUAUGGAGUGAUUCUUACCCAUGGUGCUGGAGGAGAUAUGAAUUUCCCUCAGUUAGUCUCUUUGGCAGCCUACCUUGCAUCACAGGGAAUUCUGUGCCUGCGGUUUACUUGUAAAGGCCUUAACAUUGCUUAUAGGACUAAAGCUUACAAAACAGUUGUGGAAUACUUAAAGCUUUCUGAUGAUUAUAAGCUUUCAGGUGUCUUCCUUGCAGGCCGUUCCAUGGGUUCACGAGCUGCUGCCUCUGUGAUACAUCAGCUUAGCCAGGAUGGUAAUAAUGAUGACUUCAUUCAGGGUCUGGUUUGCUUAUCGUACCCUUUGCAUCGACCAAAACUGCAGUCCAAGCUCCGGGAUGAAGAUUUAUUAUUUAUCAGGUGCCCAGUGCUGUUUGUCUCAGGAUCAGCAGAUGAGAUGUGUGAAAAACAAUUGUUAGAAAGUGUGGCAAGCAAAAUGAAAGCCCCUAAAAAAAUCCAUUGGAUUGAUAAGGCAAACCAUGGGAUGGCAGUUAAAGGCCGAACAGAAGAUGAUGUCAUGGAAGAAAUAAAUGUACAAGUUUUUUCUUGGCUUAGAGAGAAUAUUGGACUGGAACACAAAUGAAUUGCAGUGGUUGAGUAAUAUCUUCAGUUGGCUUUUCUAAAAUGCAACACGUCAGCUGGAGAUGUGUUUUUGAAAGCAAAUGUUUUCCAAGGACUAAAAUGUAAAUAUUUUUUUAUGAAUGUAAAAAAUAUACAAGACAAUAAAGAACAUUUUAAAGGAAAGAUGGAAAAUCUAUCUGGACAGUACUGUUUUUAGUAACUCCAUUUGAAAAGUAUUUAAUAUUUAAUGUUCUGCAUUACCAAGUAAAUAUUGUUGGUGCCUUUUAUAUAUUCAAAUAUUAUUUUGAUACCAAAUCUUUUGAUGCCUUUAUCAGCUGAAUUAAUACCUGUGAGCUGAAAUGGCUGGUUGGUCCUGAGAAAAGCAUCUUGAUGCUGUGGUUGUCUCAACCCCAUUGCUAAGAGUUCCCCAAAACUCCUCUGGUUGUGCAGCAUUGUUAUGGCUUUCAGCUUGCUGCUAUAGUGUGACUGGCUGUGAACUGUGUGAACUGGCAGUUCUAACCUGGAGGUUCUUACAGGCAGAUGAAAGUUAAGCAUGUGAAUCAGCUAUAAUAGACUUCUAUCACAGAAUGCCUCAAGAAUGCUGAUAUCCCAACAAUAACAUGCAGUAAGAUGGUACAUAUCUGGAUGUUUACAGCCGACUUCUAAAGGAACAUAAAAUAGCCUUACAGGUUUGAAGGUGGCAAUGUUACAGAGAAAAUAAAUCCUCACUUUUGAUGGGGAAGUUGUGUUCAAACUUGAGAACUGGAUGAAUUUAAACUCGACUUUACGUCUGUUAGAACAGAAUUUGGAGAUGAGGUUGGUAUGUUCAUAAGUUGAGCUCCUUAAUAUCUGUGGAAAAACAGCUCCCUUGGCCAUUUUCUGUAGGAGGGGUGCUCCAGCCCUCUGAUCAUCUUCGUGGUCCUCCAGCACUUGCUCCUUGUCCUUAUGUUGGGGACCCCAAAGCUGAAUCUAAGUAUCUAUCUCCCAUUCACCCCCUUCUAUAUCCUCUUCCAAGUGAGUCAGGAGAGCAUGUUAUGGAGACUGUCAUUAGACCCUAACAUUUUGUCCCUUUGGCUUUACCACGGUUUCUCUCUGCCCUUGCUCCAUGUAGGGUCCCUCCCAUGGGAUGCCAUACUUCCCAAACUGAUCCUGAGUGGGUUUCCCACAGGCUGCAGCUCUCCAGGCACUGUUCCAACACAGCUCCAUAGCAUGGGGCCCACCCUGCAGGCGUGGUCUGCGUCAGCAUGUGUCCCCACAGAUGGCAGCUCCUGCCCCACUGAAGGCUUCUCUCCAUGGGCUGCAGUCUGAGGCUGCUCCUGUGGGGACUCUGGUUUAUUUUUGCUAGUCAGUACUCCAUAUUACUACUUUUUUUUUUUACAUUGUGGAAGCAUCUUUGAAAAAUCAUGGAACUUAAUUUUUGGAUCUAAUAUGCAUGUAGUGUUCUAAAGGGCUGUAUUUUUCCUUCAGAUUAAAAAAUACAUUACAAACCCCACAAUCAUUGCCUUUGGGAAUAUUGCCUCUCUCAGAAGGGACAAAAUGGUAGACUGAGAAAGACCACUUUGGAUACAUACAGUGGGGAGUAGAUUUGCAGGUUUCAUCUGGACGUUUUCGCAGAACAUAUUUGUAACUAACCUCACUAUACUGAAUAUUCUGUCUCAGUUUAUUGAGAGUAUCUACUUGAAAAGUAUUUCAGAAGCGUAACAAAUGGCUGUUAUAAACAUGGCUUUUAUUUAAAAAAAAUAUAAAAAUUAUAGUGUUUUUUUUUUAACAAGGCUCCAUCACUAUUGCAUGAUAAAAAGGAAAUAGGUGGUGACUGGUUUUCUUCCAUACGUAGAUCACGACAGAGUAAACUUCAUAAUAUCCACUGAGGUUUUAAUUAAAUUUUUCCUUCUUUCCUUAAGAAGUGAUUUUGAAUGUAGGUAAAUACUCAAAAAAAAAAAAAACCCACAAAACUU